GGCUUGGAGUGAUGGGUUUAAAUCAUCAUUGUAAAGAUAAGCGCUAAAGCUCUGGGGACUGGAAAUCAGGUGAUGGAAGGCAGAAUGAGAGAGUGCUAGCCAGAAAAAUGUGGGUUGAGUUGGUGGGAAGAAGUGGUCAGUAGAACAGAAGUCCCAGAAAAUGUCAGAAAGAUCCGAGAAACAUGCAUUGAAUUUAGCCAUACAGAUGGCCUUUUAAAUAGCUUUCUCCAUAUGUGAUCAAUGUAGGUAGAGCCAGACUGCAGAGAAUAGAGAAGGGAAUAGGGAGUAGGAAAGUAGUCAGUAAAUAACUGGAUACUACUUAUCUGUAAAGAAGGGAGAAAUGUAGAGAAAGGUAGCUACAGAAGUCAAAGAUCUAUAGAAGUUUUGGAGGUUUGUUUCCUAAGAUAGAUGAGGGGGAGAAGUCAGAGAAAGGAGAUUGAAGGUGCAGAGAAAAGAAGGUCACUUUUGAAGAUCUAAUAUAUGGGCAGUUCUCUUUAUUCUAAAAGCUCCAGGAAUUAUGUACUAUAGUUACUAUCCUAUAGAUAAGGAAAAUGAUACACAAAGAAGUGAAGAGACUUGCCAAAGUUUAUACAUUAGGAACCAGGGAUACUAAGCUACAAGCCUAAUUCUACCUAAACACAGUCUUAUUCCCAUUGUACCCAGAGAAUGAAUAAUCAGACUAUAUAUGGAGUUGAUACAGCCAGGUGGGGAGGGGCCUAAAGUUGAGAGUGACCCCACCCACCCACCUCACAAUUUUCUUUCUAUGAGGUGGGUAUUUGAGGUCCCCAGUUAACAAAGAGGGGUGGAGUGGACAGUGAAUAAAAGGAGAUGUGAGGCCCUGAGACCCCGGCUGCAGGGUAUGGGAGAGUAGGGAGAUUUGAGCUCUGAAAAAUCUACCAGCUCACCCUGAUGACAUUACAAACUGAGAUCUGGCAUGUCUUCCUCCUCAUAAUGAAAGUAGUCCUGUUACAAUCAGCCAAAAUGAACCUCAUGGAUAUCACCAAGAUCUUCUCCCUCCUGCAGCCCGAAAAAGAGGAGGAGGACACAAACACUGGGGAAAAACAGGCUCUCAAUCAAGCAGUGUAUGACAACGACUCCCAUACCUUGGAUCAGCUUCUACGCCAGGAGCGUUACAAACGUUUCAUCAAUAGCAGGAGUGGCUGGGGUGUUCCUGGGACACCCUUGCGCUUAGCUGCUUCUUAUGGACACUUGAGCUGUGUGCAGGUCCUCCUGGCACAUGGCGCUGAUGUUGACAGUUUGGACGUCAAGGCACAGACACCACUUUUCACUGCCGUCAGUCAUGGCCAUCUGGACUGUGUGCGUGUGCUUUUAGAAGCUGGUGCAUGUCCUGGAGGUAGCAUCUACAACAAUUGUUCUCCUGUGCUCACAGCUGCACGUGAUGGUGCUAUUGCCAUCCUGCAAGAGCUCCUAGGCCAUGGUGCAGAGCCCAAUGUCAAGGCUAAGCUACCAGUGUGGGCAUCAAAUAUAGCUUCAUGUUCUGGCCCUCUCUAUUUGGCUGCAGUCUAUGGACACCUGGACUGUUUCCGCCUGCUUUUGCUCUAUGGGGCAGAUCCUGAUUACAACUGCACUGACAAGGGCCUACUAGCUCGUGUUCCACGACCCCGCACCCUCCUUGAUAUCUGCUUUCACCAUAAUUGUGCGCCAGAGUAUAUCCAGCUGUUAAUUGAUUUUGGUGCUAAUGUCUACCUUCCAUCUCUCCCUCUGGACCAGACCUCUCAUGAUGAUAAAGGUGUUACAUUGCUGAUACAGGCCCGAGCCACUCCACGGUCACUCCUAUCCCAGGCCCGUUUAGUUAUCCGCAGAGCCCUGCGCCAGACCUGCCAGCCACAAGCCAUCGACCAGCUGGAAAUUCCCCCCGUGUUGAUUAGCUACCUCAAACACCAAACAUGAUCUUGCAAUGUUUCCAGGAACCCAUGAUGCCUCCAAAAACCACCUAAGGACCCAGGUAGCUGUAGGGCACAACAACCCACUCAACUGGAGCUGUCCUCCCAUAUUAUCCUCCAUGAUUAAAUCCUCAGCAAAAAGUC